GGGCCGUGCCGUGGGCCGCUUCUGCAGUUUGAAAGUACCUCUACUUUCGCAUCUUCUCUCCUUAAAUGGUUGUUGCUUCCCACCUCCCACGGAGGGAUGAGUUAGGCUCGGAGCUGGCGCCGACUCGGGUACCCCUGCAGAGCCCUCGAGAGAGCUGCUCCCUGGGCUGCCUCCCUCACCCUUCCCAAAUGUGAGCACAUCGCAGACAGCACGGAGAAGGGCCUCCUCUUGUCUUCAAGGCACUUGCUUCUGCCUCCUGUUCUUUUGUCCAAAAAAGAAAAAGGCAAACCAAACCAGUCCACAAAGAACUUGUGCUGAUCUAAGGAGGAGGCUGCGGAGUCUCAGUCACCUCUUUGCAUCCCAAGAUCCUGACUGUGGGCUGGAUUUUCUGUCCUCAGUUUCAGGGGAUCAGCUACGGGGAAUCAGGAUCUUGGAUACUUUUGAUUUUUGUUUUUACUUGAACCCUUUCAACCGAGAAGCUGAAGCUGUCACUGCUAAAAUCCCGUUUUUUUUUCCCAAGCAUGUCAGAAAGCUGGCAGCAGCAACAGCAGCAACCACAGCAGCCACCACCACCGCAGCAGCACCACACUGGGGCAGCUGCCCUCCCAGAGCACUCCAUCCCGCCCAGCACUGCUGACAACCCCUUGGGCUGUGCCGUCUACGGCAUCCUGCUCCAGCCGGACCCUGGUCUGCAGCACCACCAGCACGCCCCCAUCCAGGCUGGAGAGCCGUCCCACAAAUGCGGCGUGUGUGGCCACGACCUCGCUCACCUCUCCAACCCCCAUGAGCACCAGUGCUUGCCAGGCCAUGACCGCUCUUUCCAGUGUACCCAGUGCCUGAAGAUCUUCCACCAGGCCACUGACCUCCUCGAACACCAGUGCAUCCAGGUGGAGCAGAAGCCCUUUGUGUGCGGCGUCUGCAAGAUGGGCUUCUCCCUCCUGACCUCGCUGGCGCAGCACCACAACGUUCACAACGGCAACGCCAUGAAGUGCUCUAUCUGUGAGAAGACCUACAAGCCUCCCGAGGCAGAGCAUUCACAACCUCUUGACCCCUCGGAGAAGCCCUACAGCUGCUCCAUCUGUCAGAAAACCUUCAAGCACCUCUCAGAGCUGUCCCGGCAUGAGCGCAUCCACACAGGUGAGAAGCCGUAUAAGUGCACACUGUGCGACAAGAGCUUCAGCCAGUCAUCCCACCUGGUGCACCACAAACGGACACACAGCUCGGAGCGGCCCUACAAGUGCACGGUGUGUGAGAAGACCUUCAAGCACCGCUCCCACCUGGUGCGCCACAUGUACGCGCACUCAGGGGAGCACCUCUUCAAGUGCAACGUCUGCGAGCUGCACUUCAAGGAGUCAUCGGAGCUGCUGCAGCACCCCUGCACGCCCAGCGGGGAACGGCCCUUCCGCUGCGGCGAGUGCCAGAAGGCCUUCAAGCGCCCCUCAGACCUGCGGCAGCAUGAACGCACGCACAGUGAGGAGCGGCCCUUCAAGUGUGACCUCUGCCAGAUGAGCUUCAAGCAGCAGUACGCGCUCAUGCGCCAUCGCCGCACACACAAGGCCGAGGAGCCCUUCAAGUGCAAUUUGUGCGAGAAGGGCUUCGUGCAGCCCUCACACUUGGUGUACCACCAGCAUGUGCAUGGCAUAGAAAACCUCUUCAAGUGCAACGUGUGCCAGAAAGGCUUCAACCAGUCCUCAGAGCUGCUGCGGCACAAGUGUGUGCAGAACGCAGAGCGGCCCUUCAAAUGCGCGGUGUGCAACAAGUCCUACAAGCGGGCCUCGGCUCUGCAGAAGCACCAGCUGGCCCAUUGUGCCGAGAAGCCGCUCAAAUGCACGCUCUGCGAGAGACGUUUCUUCUCCUCCUCCGAGUUCGUGCAGCACCGCUGCGACCCGGCCCGCGAGAAGCCCCUCAAGUGCCCUGACUGUGAAAAGCGGUUCAAGUACGCCUCGGACCUGCAGCGCCACCGGCGUGUGCACACGGGUGAGAAGCCCUACAAGUGCCCUUCCUGUGAGAAGGCCUUCAAGCAGCGUGAGCACCUCAACAAGCACCACAGCGUGCACGCCCGGGAGCAGCAGUACAAGUGCAUGUGGUGCGGGGAGCGGUUCCUGGACUUGGGCCUGCUGCAGGAGCACAGUGUCCAGCACACGGCCGAGGGUGCCUACCAGGUGGCUGCCUGCUUGCCGUGAGCCCCCUGCCCCUCGGCGGCUUUCAGCUUGCAUGUGACGCUCCUGAGCCUUGGCCUCCCCUUUCCUCUCCUCUGUUGUAGAUGGCCUGCAGAGAGUUCGGGGGAAAGGGGAGGUAUGGUGGGCGGGCAGGUAAACUUUCCUCUGUC